AUGCAUUCCUGGUUUAUUGUACUUGAUAUAUUCAAUAUCGUAUGUCUUACUUUCGUUAUUCUUGUGUUAUUCGUCUUUUUAUUAACAAUAACAUUUGACAAAACAUGUCACACAAUUCCCAUGAUCCACAUAGCUAAUUCAUGUUUAGCAACGUUGAUAUGCGCAAGUGAUAUCUAUUGGAUAAGUGUCUGCACACUCCGAAAUGAUCUUCAACAAAUAUAUAACGAAUAUCUAUUCUGUAUAUUUGGAGGCUAUUUAACAUAUGUCACAUGUGCUGUGCUGAAUUAUUCAUUUUUAUUACAAGCUUUCUAUCGUUAUGUGAUCGUUACCUAUCCUUCAAAUUUAUUUUGGCAAUCGCAACGAUGUCAAAUCCUUUUUGCUAUCGUCGCAUGGGCGUAUGCGCUCAUAUUUCCUAUUACAUUUAUGUUCAAUGGUGAGAUUAUUUACAAUAUGCAUAAUCAGAUAUGCCAAAUACCACUUCGACUUUCAUUCACCAUGAUUUUCGUUACUAUGUCUCUUUACGUUAGUCCUUUAUUAUUAACUAUACUGAUCUACUAUCGAUUGGUUCGAUAUGUUUAUAGGAUGAAUAAACGUAUUAUACCUGUGAAUACACUGUCGCGUGCUCAGAACGAAUUGAAAAUGGUUCGCCGUACGGUGACACUGUUAUGCACUGUAUUCAUCAUUGAUUUUCCGUACGCAUUAUUUUUAUUUAUAUCCUUUUUUACUAUUCCACCUCGGUAUCAUUUUCGAAUUGCUUAUGUGUUCAUCAACGUUGGGUUGGCAUGUGUAAUUAUAAUCUUAUUUCAAUUCACGGAACAACUCAGAUCAUCGGUCUUGAAAAUCUUUAAUCUGCAACUAGGAACUACUACUGAACCGAAUAACACCUAA